UUUCAGAUUUCAAAUCAAAAUGACGGAAGAAAUUAAUAUUUUCUUGUCAAAACUGAUUCUUCAUGGUGAAUCGAUUCUAGCAGAAAUCUUCCGAUUAUCAAGCUUUAUUCCAAAGGAUUUUCGUGAUCCGACAAAGUCCUCAAAAUUUAAAAAUAUUGUACAGCUUGAUUUCAAAUAUUUGAGCAAAGUCGAUCAAAUCGAAAAGGAAUUAGAAAGUCAUUUACGUCUUCAGACACAGUUCUAUUCUACAUUCGAACCAGUUCUUAUUGCAUUUGAGCAGCUUUUUUCUUCGAUUUCAGAAUUUGUGCAAAGCUUCAUAAGUUAUACAAAAGAAGCAGAGAUAAUUAAUGGUGAAACCAGAAUGGAUGUGAACAGAACAUCCGAACUCGAGGCCUACUGUCUCUACAUUUCUGGAAUUCUUAUAAUCUACAUGGACACAUACAUUCCUGCACCAAUUCGUGAGCGAAUCUACAUUGCAAUUUAUCGGAAGAGUGACGUCAGAGAAAACGCAGAAUUUUUGGUGGAUUUUUUGAAGGCUACUGUACCCGGAAAUGACUCCAUGAUAAGAAGAAUCCCACUGCCAGAAUCAUUUAUCACAUCAACUAUCAAUGCAAUCGAAAUAAUAGAAGGGACGUCAUUGCAAAUUCCAAAAGCUCAACUGAUGUACGUGGCACUUCAAUUUGAUCGUCAAACUCUUACCAACGAUUCUGCAAUAAUGACGAAAAUCGCGAAUUCUAUAUAUCGAGAGACAUGGGUUAUAAACUUGGGAUUCGGCGUCAUUGCCAAUGUAUUCGAUGGAUGGUAUAACUUCAAAUCGGCCUGGAACGCGAUUAAUUCAACGAUUACUCAACAAGACGCUCAACGAAUUAUGGAAAAACAUUUAAAAAUGAUGAAUGAAACAAGCUUCCCACAGGUCAUCAAUGAAAUGAUCGACUUUGAACAAAAUCUCAAGAAAAUAUCAAUGUGUAAUCGAUCACUCAAAUGGCUCUUUCUUCAUUCGAAAAUCUCACAAAAAACAUCUCGACCUCUUAAUAAAUACCGGCUACCAAGCGAUGAUCAAUUGUUUCAAUGGCUUCUACAUGUUUCUAGAUGCGAAAUUCUUCUUCUUAACCUAUAUACAACUACUCUUGAGAAUAGAGACGUUGAAGGAACUGAAAGAAAACAGAAUAUUCGAACACUUCUUCAUCAACUUGCCGAAUUCUUUGAGCACGGUUUCGUUAAAAUGGGUGAAAGUCAAAAAACGAACUUUGUAAAAUGGGUUCGUAAUCUUAGUGAAACAGUUGAGAAAAUUGAUCUUAAUGAUACCACGGAAAGUGUGGAGACCAUUCAACAAAUUAUUCGAAGAGUUAAGCAGGUUGGAGAUCAACUUGGAUUGUCUAUCAAUUUAACCCUCAAGGAUUGUCUGUCAACUCUUGACACUGAUUUACGAGCACUUAUGUCUGUUCUUUCACUCUCUGAUUCUAUGAUUCCUGAAGUCUACUCAAAAAUGGAAUCAACAUAUCUAUGGCCUCUCAUUUCACAGCUGAUUCCUCGAAUUCAACAAAAUCUGGUAUCGACUUCCAACACAGACGUUGUCCGGCAAAUUUUCACAAAAUUAUCAAUCUCGUGUUACAUGCUGAAAUUGAAAUUAUCGAAUUUUUCUGAUAAAGAUCACGUGGCUAGUCGCAUAGCAAACACAUAUUCGUAUGCUUUGGAGAAGAAUUUAAAAACCGUCCUUCAAUCAGUUCCACAGCAUCUUUUCGGGAUAAUGUAUAAUGUGAUCAUGCCAGGAUUGGGCAAAACGUUUGAACCAUAUAUUGAAAAGACAGAGCUCCGAGAACUUUCUGAAUUUGUAACAAAUUCGAGAUUAGUGGAAACUACAAGCCUUAUUGCAAAUACAAGUAUGGGAAUAUCGAGAAUGAUGUUGACUCGUGUAGGAACAAUCGAAAUUAAUCCGAAGGAAUUACUAGAAGAAGGAAUGAUUCGACAAUUGUACAAAGAGAUCAAGAAAAUGAUUGGCACUACCUCAGCCACUUCCUCCAUUGAGAAUCUUUUGAAAAUGUGUGACAACAUCGAGACAAUGCGAUGCUCAUUUCUGUACCUAUGUGAUUACAUGAAUCUUGAUGGAGAACAUGUGUGGAGUGUUGCCAUGGACGAUUUUUUCAGUCGAAUUUCAGAGGAAAGAGCAUUCGCGAGAAGCUCGGGGGAACUGGAGAAAAAUUAUAUUGCAGAGCUUUUCAUCAAGAUUACCAACCCGAAAGCAUCUCGCUUUUCUGAAAGCUCUCUGAGUUGGAAAGAUGUAAAAAUGAGCAAAACUGUGUUGUCUUUUGAUGUAUUCGAUCGAAUCGAGAAGAUCGUCCCAUUUCAUAUUCUCACGAGCAUUGAGACUCAUAUAACUGUGGAACUAGAAAAAAUGUUGAUUGAGUACAUAUCUAAUGCACGAAAGAUCGGAGUCAGCUUCAAUCUUCAGAAUUCUGUGACUCACGAGUCUGCGUUUCAAUUCUUCACUGGUCCUAACUAUGAGAGACUCGUUAAAUCAAUUCAACCACAAUCUGCAGCCUUGGCAGCCAUUCUAGCUCAAAUUGGUCAAUACUUGAUCAUACUUCGAACAAUCUGCAACGCUAAACAACUCGCUAACCGGCACAAAGAGGACAGUAUCCAAAGAGAUUUGAUUGAAAUGAGCAUAUCAAUGGCACGUGAUCCAACUGAUCUACCAACCGAAAUGGGCACUAUUUUGAAGCUUAUGAUGCAGUAUUCGUUGUAUGAUCCCGAACGAAUGAUCUUUAGACUCAAAGAUGAACCAUCUCCUUUGUUUAUAAUUGCUCUCGUUCAGUGCCUACUGCCUAAAAUUGGAGAUCCAUAUUUUGUCUGCCCAAAGCAACUGGAAGUUGGAAUUCGAUUCGUUCUCCGUCAAUCUCGACUUCUCCCAUAUUUUCUUCCAAUCAUUCGCGAGCAACUUCCACAAAGUUCCCGUCCAAAGAAACGCGUCAGUGAUGUGGAUCGGUUUUUGAGACAUCUAAUUUCCAACUUGUAAUAUUCCAAAAUAUUCACUUUCAACUUGCCUUCUGUGAUUCGAUUUCUUUCUUGGGUAUUUUUCUAAUCUAGUUGUCACUUUUUUUUUGUACAUAGAGAAUUGUUGUAUGAUAAUUUAUUUACAGAAUUGUUAGAUUGUUCAUUUGGCAAGUACCACAUAAUAAAAGUUAAUCGUACAUGU